GCGCAACACAAGCACAACUCACAACAAUCUCUUCCUUGAUCCUUCCUGCUUUCUGGGAACUCUGUUUUUUCUGCAUUUUUCAGCUUUCUGAUAUCUGCAGAGGAAGGACAAAGGUGAGAACUUUGCCGGAAGAACAAUGAUGAACGGUGGUGAUUCAGUUGACAAAAGGGUUGCUGUUGAUGGAGGUGUGAAGGACAUGUACGGUGAAGACAGUGCCACGUUGGAUCAGCCCGUCACUUCUUGGACUGUCUCUGUUUCUAGUGGCUAUUCACUGUUGCGUGACCCGCGUCACAACAAAGGACUUGCCUUCACUGAGAAAGAGAGAGAUGCACACUACUUGCGUGGCCUUUUGCCCCCAGUUGUCCUGAGCCAGGAGCUUCAGGAGAAGAAGUUGAUGAACACCCUUCGCCAAUAUCAGGUUCCUUUGCAACGAUACAUGGCCAUGAUGGAUCUUCAGGAGAGGAAUGAACGACUCUUCUACAAGCUUCUCAUGGAUAAUGUGGAGGAGUUGCUUCCAGUGGUGUACACUCCUACUGUUGGUGAGGCUUGCCAAAAAUAUGGGAGCAUUUACAGGCGCCCUCAGGGUCUUUACAUUAGCUUGAAAGACAAGGGAAAAAUUCUUGAAGUAUUGAAGAAUUGGCCAGAGAGAAGUAUUCAAGUCAUUGUUGUUACUGAUGGUGAGCGUAUUUUGGGGCUUGGUGAUCUUGGUUGCCAGGGAAUGGGUAUACCUGUAGGAAAACUUUCUCUGUAUACAGCUCUUGGAGGAGUCCGUCCCUCAGCGUGCUUACCAAUUACUCUUGAUGUUGGCACAAACAAUCAGAAAUUGUUAGACGAUGAGUUCUAUAUUGGACUUAGACAAAGGAGGGCAACCGGCCAGGAAUACUCUGAAUUUCUUCAGGAGUUCAUGACUGCAGUGAAGCAGAACUAUGGGGAGAAAGUCCUUAUACAGUUUGAAGAUUUUGCAAACCACAAUGCAUUUGAUCUGUUGGCAAAAUACAGUUCAACUCAUCUUGUUUUCAAUGAUGAUAUACAGGGUACAGCUUCUGUGGUGCUAGCAGGACUUAUUGCAUCCUUGAAAUUACUCGGUGGAACUCUUGCUGACCAUACAUUCUUAUUCCUGGGUGCUGGAGAGGCUGGAACUGGAAUAGCGGAGCUUAUAGCUCUUGAGAUAUCAAAGCAGACAAAUGCUCCAUUGAAAGAGUCACGAAAGAAGAUUUGGCUUGUAGACUCCAAGGGAUUGAUUGUUAGCUCUCGCAACGGGUCACUCCAACACUUCAAGCAGCCUUGGGCCCAUGAGCAUGAACCUGUGAAGGAACUUGUAGAUGCUGUGAAUGCAAUCAAGCCAACUAUCCUGAUAGGAACAUCUGGAGUAGGAAAAACAUUCACAAAGGCGGUGGUUGAGGCCAUGGCAGCCUUGAAUGAGAAACCUCUUAUUAUGGCUCUAUCCAACCCUACCUCACAAGCUGAAUGUACAGCUGAAGAAGCAUAUACAUGGACUAAGGGUCGAGCAAUCUUCGCCAGUGGAAGCCCUUUCGAUCCUGUUGAAUAUAACGGGAAACUUAAUGUGCCCGGCCAGGCCAACAAUGCCUACAUAUUCCCAGGAUUUGGUUUGGGUGUGAUUAUCUCUGGCGCAAUACGUGUUCAUGAUGACAUGCUUUUGGCUGCCUCGGAAGCUUUGGCUGAACAAGUGACACAAGAAAACUUUGAUAAGGGAUUGAUUUACCCUCCAUUCUCCAACAUCAGAAAGAUAUCAGCUCAUAUUGCUGCUAAGGUUGCUGCCAAGGCAUAUGAACUAGGUUUGGCUUCUCGUCUACCGCAACCUGAUGAUCUCGUUAAAUGUGCGGAAAGCAGCAUGUACAGCCCAAUCUACCGAACCUAUCGUUGAACUCAUAUGAUGUGUUACAUCUUAUAACCCUACAAACUACAAUUACCAAGCCUUAUGUUACUACGAUUCUUCAAUCAUCAUGUUUGUUUAUUUGAUUGUAUUUUUUUUUUCCACAGCAUCAAUCCCCUUUGCUGUUGAGUAACUUGAGUUAUCUAAUUGGGUCAUGUAUCGUUUUUCUUUUCUUUUCCAUUUGUUUUUUAAAUAAUCUUGUAAGAAUGAUGAUUUUUACAACCCAAAGUAGUUGAAUUGAAAGGAACCGUAGCAAUAACAACCAGAUGUAUUUCAAUUGUCAGGGCAUUAUGAUCCACA